GCACGAUCAGCCCGGGCAAUGGCUCGCGUUGGUGGACAUGGGAGCCACCAAGAUGCCUGUCUCAACGACGUGCGAAAACUGUGCCCGAUCCAAGGUGCGGUGUCGCCAAAAUGCGGACUCUCCGGGCUCCUGUGAUCGAUGCCGGCGCCUGGGAAAAGAAUGCACGUAUCGACAGGCUGGCCGCCGCUUUGACGGGUUUCGAAAGGACAAACAAAUCGAGGCACUCGAGGCAAAGGUGAAUGAGCUUAUGGCUUCCCAGCAGUCGGUGAUAGUGCCUCCAGACACAGCCCAAAUUACGCCCUCGAGAUCGGCGGACGAACUCACUCCUCGAGGGGAUGUCAUUGAGCAACAAAUCCUGAGCAUGGAAACUGCCGAUUAUUUGCUGGGAGUCUUCAAAGGACGGAUGGUGAUGCACUUCCCCUUCGUAGUAGUCCCGCCUCAUACGGCAGCCCAUCACCUUCGCCAAGAGAAACCGUUUCUUUUUUUGGCGAUUCUUGCAUCCUCGUCAUGCGAGAACUUGCCGUUGCAGCGGCGGUUGGGGAAGGAGAUCAAGGAGCAAAUCGCCGCCCGCAUGGUCAUCAACGGCGAAGUCUCUUUUGACUUGUUACAGGGUUUGCUCGUGUAUCUAGCAUGGUCUCACUUCCAUAGUAAACCGCAUCGUUAUACGCAAUUUCUGCAGUUGGCCAUUGGCUUGCUAAUUGAACUGCGUCUGGACCGCCCCCCACAAACCACGACUACCAAGACAGCACUACAGUGGAAAUCAGAUGGUUCCUCCAAUGAUCGAGUUUACACGCGAAAGUCAUGGGGCCGUGACGAACAGCGAGCUGUUACAGGCUGCUACUACCUAUCGUCGACGAUUGCCAUGUUGGUACAGAAACCUUCCAGCUUCCCAAAUAUCUCUGUUUACCUCGAAGAGUGCUGUCGAUCUCUGCGCGAGGCAAAUGAAUACUCGAACGACGGAUACAUCGGCCACAUGACCCGGCUGCAGCUAUUAACGGAGAGAAUUGACCGUCUAGUGGUGUCUCAUGAAUUGAGCCCCUACGACCCGAGCCCGGCGGCCGAUCUUUACGUUGAUAGUCUGCAAGCAGAUUUGGAAUCGUUUAGACGGCAGCUCCCGUUCAAUUUGCAUGAUUGUCCCCCCUUGGCCAUGCAGUUCCACGCAGCUGAGCUUUGCCUAUACCAAAUCGGCAUCGGAAGCACCUCUGAGCAUCUCCCCGGGUCAACGCAUACUGGCCCCUCAACGAGCCGGCAGAAGGAACUGUCAUUCGCGGGAUUACAUGCGUCUGAGUCGCUGUUCAGAAUGUACCUCUCAUUCCCCUUUGACUAUGGACUCGGACUCAACAACAGCCAAUGGAUUCAAAUGGGGUUCUCAUUAUUGGUCGCAUGUAGGAUGGUUCUUGCGAACGCAAAGGUAGACCCUCAAGCAAGCGGCUCCCCAAGGAUGCACUGGUUGGAAAUUAUAUCACAACUGCGCGAUAGAGUCGCGUCCUUAUCCACGGCACGCGUAGACCAAGACAGCGAGCGUGAUGCCUUCUACGGCUUUUCUCACCGAGUGUCUCGAGUCAUGUCCUGGCUUGGAAGCGAUGCUAACGAAGGUGUCCAUCGCCCCCGGCCCUCACAGAGUGGCGAUCUUAAUCCCGGGGCGGAAAUGCCAGAACAUGCGAAUUUCCAUUCAUUGGUCGAACCCCCGUCGUUCCAGUUGGGAUUUGACAUGAACAGCGACCUUGAUUUGACACAAGACGCAUUUUUCGCCGCGGCAUUAGGCGAAAUGAUGGGUAAUUGGUUGUAA